AUGACUGAUACUCAACACUCCGUAUCAUUGCUGUAUCAGAUUGAACAUCUCGGAGAAGGAAACUGGAUUCCCUGGAAAACUAAGGUUUUAGCCAUUUUAGGAGAUGAGGGAUACAAAGGGCAUGUGGACAGCACAAACCUUAAACUGGAGAAGGGCCCAGACCCUAAGGCGCGGACAAUAAUUGUGCUGUUGGUGAGUGAUGCACAGAUGGUGCACCUUACCAGAGCCAAUACAGCAAAAGAGAUGUGA